AACGUCUAAAAGAAAAAGGACUUUAACAAACUAUGAAAACGGUACCUGACCCUCCUCGCAAUAGCGUCAAUCCUCCACUAUCACGAUCCAUCUAGCUUUCUCCUUGAGUCAAAUUCUGUAACCAACUUUGGCCACCACAGGCGAUAUAUGAUUGAUACUGGUGACCUUGCGUAACACUUUUAGCGAUCUUCAUCGCUACGACGGGUGCCACCAGGACUCCCACUUCAUUGGAGAUAAUUUUUUGAUUCUUCCGCGCGAGAUCCCAUGUAAAAAUGGGUCAUAAGUCUAAAUUUAAAUCUCAAUAUAUUGAGGAUCAUCACCUCACCUGAACCACCAUAUCGUAUUUAUGCAUGACGGUACUCUUUGCGCCAUGUUGCAGAACCUCUUGGAUAAUAUGGGCCGAAUAACGAGUUUAAGACGGGUAACAAAGCAGAACCCUAUCAAGUGAGUGAUCAAAGAAACGGUACCAUCACAUUCAUUAUAUAUAAGUCAUAGCGGCGACAGGAGUUAUACCAUCGAAGAAACCAAAAAGGAGAGACUAAGCAUAAAAACGAGAGAGAGAUUAGACCAAAAAAAAAAACGAGAGAGAGAGAAAUGGCGACGUCGGGAACAUAUGUGACGGAGGUUCCUUUAAAAGGGACGGCGGAGAAACACUACAAGAGGUGGAAGAGCGAGAAUUUUCUCUUCCCUGAUGCCAUCGGCCACCACAUUCAAAAUGUUACUGUUCACGACGGCGAAUGGGACUCCCAAGGGGGUAUCAAGAUUUGGAACUACACAUUGGAUGGAAAGCAGGAGGUAUUCAAGGAGAAGAGAGAGAUAGGCGAUGAGAAUAAAACAAUGACGGUUAGAGGACUUGAAGGUCACGUGAUGGAGCUGUUCAAGGUUUAUGACCUCAUCGGCCAAUUUAUUCCCAAGACUGAAGAUAGUUGCAUCUGUAAAAUCACUAUGGUUUGGGAGAAGCGCAACAAUGAAGUCCCCGAACCAAGCAGCUACAUGAAACUCCUCAAGAGCAUGGUUGUAGACAUGGAGGACCACGUUCUCAAAGCUUAAUCAAGAUCAUCAUGAUCACCACUACCAUCAAAAUUAUCACUCUCUCGAUGUACUUUCAAGGUGUUCUCAAUAUAUAAUAAUGAAUAAGUGUGGUCUUUUACGCGGAGUUACAUUUCUAUGAAACCGUUUGUUUUUGUAAGGUGCUUUUUCUUUUGACAUGUUUUGUAAGAUUGUUUAAGUAUCGAGUUCUAUGUAAUGAUACUUAAGAAUAAUGUAUGUUCUUCAUCUUUAAUGAAUUUACUAUUUUCCA